AUGGAACUGUGUGAAUUCUUUCUUCAUUUGAUGACAUUUCUCCCAGGUACUGCUGUCAACAUGCUUCAGGAGAAAGCAUUUGUCAAUCAUACUGCAUACCUACAAUGUAAUUUUCACAAUCCUGACAACAUUGAUGUGAAGGAACUGAUAGUUUUUUGGCAAAAGGAGUCAGAGGUUGUGAAUGAGGUAUAUCGUGGCGAAGAGCUAUCUGACUACCUUGAUCCUAAGUACAUAAAUCGCACAAAGAUGGAUAUGAACACAUGGACUCUGUGUCUUCUAAAUGUUGGGAUUAUGGAUGAAGGGCAGUAUGUGUGUAUUAUACAACACAAGAAAAGCAGCGGACUGGAGAAGAUAUAUGAUUCCAAGUGCCAAUUGUUUGUUAUUGCUAACUACAGUCAGCCAGAAAUAGUGAAGCUACACAAGGGAACAGUAAAACCUGGCACAGCUUUGAAUCUCUCCUGCUCCUCCAGCUGGGGCUAUCCAGAGCCCACACAGAUGAGCUGGCAAGUUUCAAAGGGAAACUUGACUGAGGAACAUGUGGACCAAAUGGCAGUUUUUCAGGAUGAUAAAACAAAGCUGUAUAAGGUUACCAUCACUCGGACCUUCCAGGUUCCCAUGGAUACCCACAUUAACAUCAGCUGCCUGGUUUACCCAGCAUGGAAAAUGGAAAGCCUUGUCUCAAAGUCACUAUGCAUUGCACCAGAACCAGUAACACAAGUCAUGCAACCCGUUAUUCUGCUUGCAGUUGGGUUGAUAGCUGGAGUGGUCAUAGCUGGUGUGGUUCUUGUGAUGGUGGUGAGAAAGAGAAGUAGAUGUAACACUUCUACCAGCCAUUCUAGUCAGAUGGGAACAGAAGUGAACAGACAACCUAAUAACAAAGAUGAAGACUUGAAACCAAUGACCAUGCAACUUUGGAGAGGAGAAAUGCAGUCCUGCCAUUAACUCCCCAGGAGGGAUCAUCCAGAACCAAUAAGAACAGGGAAACUCCCUCCAGAAAGAAGUAGAGGUGAAACACAGAGAGAGCUGUGAUGCAGACAUGGUUAAGGAUGAACUAGAAAAGAAGACGGGACUGUCCAAAGAACAUAAAUCUCUCAGCCUCUCCAAGAGUACCUGGUGCCCAGCUAUGCACAGCCAGUGAUUGCUCCCAGUCUCUUUUGGACUCAUUAACCCCCAUCAUGGAACAUGUACUCCUCCCUGGACUGGUCAGGGCCACAUCAGACUUCGCUAGAUAUUUGGGAAGACAAGCUAAACAGAAACAUUCUUGCUCUGAUUUCACUUCUUAGUCUGGUGACUGGACCUACCAUAAGUCUUACUAGCUAAGGAACAGUAUUUUUAAGGAUAAAAGCCCACAUUGGGAAAUGGCAAGGAUUCUAUAAGGAUAAUAUAUAAGGAUUAUAUUUUUCAUCAGCUUUUUCUUUUUCAUGGUUGGUUGCAAUCUCUUCACUACCCCAUAAAUGAAGCACUCGAAUGCUAUAUACUCCCUAACCCUGAAAUUAAGUGACAAAAUUGGUGUCAUGUAGAAGACAGCAGGAUACCCCAUGGAAAAAAAUGGGGUUAGACCUGUCAGUGAAUAAUAUUCCUCAAUGAAAAGAUAGUCUGAAGCAGAUUCUUCCUAUUAAUCUUGGGCCAUAAGUAUUUUGGUAGAGUCAGCUGGAUAUAAUGUUAGUGACUAUACUCUCCUUUGCUCUGAAGUAGAAAGAGCAACUGCAGGUUGGUUGCCUGCAUUCUGAGAAAAUGUAUGCUGUCUUUGGUGAACAUUUGAUAUUAGAUGUAAGCAAAGGAAAGUAAUUCAUCUCUGAACAAAAUUUAGCAAAACACUUUUUAAAAUUAGUAGUAGUAGUAGUAUUAAUAUUAUUAUUACUGAAACUUUACUUGCAUGAAUUUGGGGAGUAUCAAUGAUUGUUUUGUUAGAAAAGAGCACUGACUUUGAUAUUGUAAUUUGGUUCAUUACAUUCUGACUUUUUUAAUUUCCCUUGCAUUGUCUGGAAGGAAAGUGUUGCAUACUUUAUUCUGUAUUUAGGUAGUUGCUUAGCAUGCAGAAUAAGUCCAACUUCUUAGCAGGUGACUGCCGAUCUAGCAGUGAUGGAGAGGAGUGAUCACAGUAAUGUAGUCUCUUAAGUAUCUGUUAGCCUUCAGGAGAACUUCAGUAGAAAUGACAAGAUCUAAACCCAGAAUCAUGACCACCUGUAGUAAAAAAAAAAAUAGCAACAGGGGUAUUAGCACCUCAUUUUCUGGUCAGAUUGCAGCUAAGGUACUUAUGUUCUGUUGACCUAGAUUUCCUACAACUUCAGCUGGCUACAAUGGUUUUUUUCCUCUCUUAAGUGAUUGCACACAUCUUCCACAUUCUACCCUAGAGAAUAUUACACAUUAGUGCUGGAUGAAUUUGUCUGAGUGGGCAUGUCUACACAUUGCUGUACAGUGAGGUUGUUACUGCACCAUGUUUUAGUACUUCCUUUUGGAAGUACUACUACAAGGCGCAGUAACUGCCCAUACUAUGCCACACUGGUGACACAUGAGAAGAUUUCCCUGCUACACCGCUGUAGCAGUGCCCUAUAAUCAGGGAGGGUGCUACUAAAGUGAUGUAGCUGGCAAUCACGUGUAGACUGACAUGAUCACUACAUCACUAGUCUACCGUACAGCGAUAUAGCAUGUCACUACAUUACUGUAGGGCAACUUGUAGAUGCCCCCAGUGAGUAAAGCCAUUUGGGAUCAUGUAUCAUACAUGUUUAUAAGUUAUUAGCCAUAUUACACUAAAAUAAUUUUGUAAAAAAUGUCAAAGGUUUUAUU